AUGAGACUGCUUCAAACCUUGGGCGACCGCUUGGGCAAGGCUCUUGCAGGAGAGAUCAGCCAGGAUCAGUUCGAGCGGCGCCCGACCGAGCUGGUUGGAUUGGAGUUGUUCUUCCUGAGCGUCUAUGCUCUGGAGCAGGUCUUCCGCAUUGGCGUGUUGGGCAAAGAAUGGCUGAUCUCGAAGGAUGGCGUGGCCUGGACCAACCUCUGCGACUUCGCCAUCGUGGCCUUCGGCGUCUUCGACGCGGUGGUGGCGGCGGAGAUCAAUGAGAAUGAAGGGCGGGACUCCCGCGGCAGUCUCCUUCUCAGGAUGCUUCGGCUGACGCGAGUGGUGAAGUCCGUCCGACUCUUGCGGGUGAUCGGUCUUUUUCGUCAACUCCGGAGCUUGAUGGAUAGCUUCUACGCCAGCAUCGCCGCGUUAAGCUGGUCCCUGAUCAUGCUGCUGAUCUGUCAGCUCAUCGCCGCGCUGAUUCUUUGCCAGUCGGUGAUUCCCUACCUGUUGGAAUCCAAGGAUCACGACCUCAAAGUCUGGACCUAUGAGCGAUACGGUACCUUCUCAAGGUCAAUGUAUACCUUCUUCGAGAUCACCUUCAGUGGUGGCUGGCCCAGCAAUGUGCGGCCUCUGCUGGAUGUGAGUUAUUGGUACGCGGUGCCUUGCUUGACCUAUGUGAUCCUGGUGGUUUUUGCGGCCCUGCGCCUCAUCACGGCCCUCUUCGUGCGCUCCACGCUGCAGGUCUUGGCCAAGGACGCGGGCCAGGCGGUGCUCGAGCGGCUCCAGCAGACCGCGGAGCUGCAGGAGAAGUUGGUGGAGCUCUUCUGCGAUGGUGACAUGGACGGAGACCGUGCCCUCAACUUGGAUGAGUGGCGGAGCCUCCUGAGCCACAAGGAGAUCCUCCAGUACAUGAGCGUCUUGGAGGUGGAUGUGCAUGACGCAGAGACGCUCUUCCAUUUGCUGGACGACGGUGACGGGGUCCUGACCUUCAGCGAGUUCUGCGAGGGGAUUCCGAAGAUCCGGGGCCCUGCCAGAUCUUUGGACAUCAUCGCCCUGCAGCACAAUUUGGAGGAGGUCCGAGCGGAUUGCCAGGACAUUCUGCUGCAGAUGGAGGCAUUGACAGAGUCUCACUCGGAGAGGGAGAGUAGCCACGCUCGCCAUCUCAAAGUCUUUGGCCCCAAUGUGGGCCAGGCCCAAAGAGGGAUCCUUUUGGAUCUCCGUGCGAAAGCUUCCGCCAUGCAGAGCUUGGAAAUGGAGCCGGGAGAGCCGGAGAGCGGCGAGGUCAACCGCGAAAAUUGGCGAGCCCCGUUUCCUACCGGGUCACUGCUACGAUGUAAGAAGCUGGGCCUUUGCGACACUGGCUCCAGUGGUCCAACAGCGCUGCAGAUUCCCCCAGCGGGAGAAUCCAAUGGCAUCGGCGACAUGUGGUGCUUCUUGGUCUUCCGUUUGGUGAAUGCCCUGCUGUUGCGGACCUCCUUCAACCCGGAUGAGUGCCUCACCGUGAAGUACUGGCAGGGCCCGGAGGUGGCGCAUGCCUGGCUCUUCCAGGAGGGGCACCUCACCUGGGAGUGGGAGCCCUGCAUGGCCGUGCGCGGCGUGCUGCACCCGGGGCUCUUCUGGGCGCUGCUGGCGCUGCUGCCGAAGAGCCCCUGGCUGGUGGCCUACGGCCCCCGGCUGCUUCAGGGCGCCUUGGCCUCGCUGGCGGACGGCGCCCUCUGGCGCGCCGCGCGGGCGCUGGGGGGCGACGGCUUGGCCCGGGCGGUGCUGGCGGUGCAGCUGGGCGGCUGGUUCCAACUCUACGCGCUGCCCAGGACCUUCUCGAGUUCCCUGGAGGCGGUGCUCGCGGCGCUGAGCCUCGAGCAGCUCCUCGCCGCGCCGCCCCGCUCGGCGCCGAGGGCGGCGCUGGCGCUGGGGGCGCUGCAGGUGGCGCUGCGGCCCACCGCCGCAGGCUUUUGGUUGGCCUGGGCGGUCGCUGAGAUGGCGAAGAGGCGCAGCAGAAAGCAGCUUCAGGAGCUGAUCCUGGUGGGCGUGUCCAUCUCUGGCACGGUGCUUGCGGUGUCUACCUUGCUGGACUCUCUGUACUACGGCGGCUUCUGUCUGGUGCCCUGGAACUUCCUCCGGUUCAACGUGCUGCAGGAUGGCAGCGCGCUCUACGGGAGCCACCCCUGGUACUGGUACGCGGAGGGCCUGGCGGUGACGCUGGGCACCUUCCUGCCCUUCACCUGCCUCGGCGUGGUCCAGGCGCUGCGGCGGCCACUUCUCUGGGCGCCUCUGCUGGCCACGGGCGCCUCCCUGGCAGUGCUGUCCUGCGCCUCUCACAAGGAGACGUAUCGCUUCCUCUUGCCGCACUUCCCCUUGUUCUCGCUGCUCACGGGGCUGGGGUUGCACGCCAUGCGCGCGGGGCGAUGGACGCUGGGCCUGGUCUUUGCGCCUCAGGCUGUUGCAGCGCUUUUCUUUUGCCUGGUGCAUCAGCGUGGGGGUGAGGCGGUGAUGGGACAUCUCAGACAGCACCCUGCGGAGAGCGUGUUCUUCCUUACGGCCUGUCAUGCUACGCCCUUCCACAGCUUCGUGCACGGGACAAAGAACAUGGGAUUCCUGGACUGCUCCCCAGGCCAGGGCAGCCCUCGGGAUCGCUUCUUCCAGCAGCCCAUGGCCGUGCUGCCGGAGCUCUUUCCCGACGCGCUGGGUUCCCCCGCCGCAUCCGAGGCGUCCAAAGCGGAAGCGCCGGCGCCAGCUGAGGGCCGAGCCAUGCAGUGCCUGGAACACCGGUACCAGGUGAAGCCCCAGCCGCUGCCGGAGAUUUUGGUGCUCUGGGGAGGCCUGCUGCUGAAAGAGUCCGCCAUGUCCGAGUGGCUGGAGGUCAACGGCUACCAGCUGGAGCGCUUUCUUGCGGACGGCAUUUGGUCGGAGGGGCCGUAUGGCCUGGAGAUGUGGCCCAGCUUCAGCAUCUUCCGGCGCAAGCUGUGA